GUGUUGUUUUUAAUAUAAAAUAUACUGAUGAGAGGAAGAGUGAUAGACACACGACAGUAGAGCGCGUUCAAAUUGCGUACAGUUAGAAAUGCCACUUUCACGUUGUUGUUGAUUAAACUUUGAUUAAACACAACUAUUGUAGUUCAACUUAUUCCCAUAGAGGUGCGUAUUUUGUGUAGGCCUGUGUCACUUGUUGGUAUUCGCGGCGGACGUCCGUGGCGGGAUUUCCACAAUGUCGAAACAUGUCUCGAGAUUUUUGUGACGCACUACAUUUCCGCUCUGGUAUGUGCACAUGUAUUUAAAAACAACCGUGUUUUGAUGUCUGCGGAAUCCACUGGUCUAUUUUCCGCUGCGGAUACUCAUUCCACAAGUGCGACACCCGUUGUUGGUGUCUGAACGAGACCUAGAUGGACGGCUUGGAUGAAUUCGUUAACGGUCGUCAAAACGAGGAAAAAGAAAAUGUUAACCAAUAUUGGAACAAAAAUAACCAGCUGUUAUCUAAAGGUAAUCAACAAAAAAACAAUGAACAUAAUAAUAACAAAGAACAUUUUAUUGGUAUUUUGAAAACGCUUAGUGGUGAACUGUCUAAAUCUAUGUAUGAAGUCCCCCAACCCAAAAAACUAUCAGUUUUGGAACAAAUUCGUAUUCCGAUAUCGAGAAUGAAAGGUAGAGAAGAAAAUUUGCCUUCAAAGCAUAAACAAUAUCAUCGUAAACCCUCUACAGUGCCAAUCAACGAUGGCGAGGACUUUGUGCCCAAAAAAAUUAAACUGAGUCAAUUCACAUCGUCUUCGGGUUCAACGUCGAAUAAUGAAAGCAGUGUUUACAAGAGUAUGUCGAAUAAUAAUAGUAAUAGCAAUAGUGGUGAUAAACAAAAUCCCAAAUCAGACCAAAACUUGCCUAAAAUUGUCGAAAACAAAAGAAUUGUUAGUAAUUUAAAUAAUUACAAUAGCAGUAGCGAUGAGAGUUCUAGCGAUGAGAUUUCUGAAGAUGAGAGUUCUAGCGAUGAGAGUUCUGAAGAUGAUGAAGUUGCAGAAUUGGAAAGAGAGAUAGCGGAAUUAGAUAGACUUCCACCUCGACAAAAAUGUAUCAACGUUAAUGAUGUAACGUCAAAUUGUAAAUUUUUCAUUGAAAAUUUUGAAAAAUGUCAAUCAACGGCUAAUGUAGAUACUAACCAUAUGCCACACGAUUUAAGUUUAUUGAACUAUAUUCAAAACUUGAAAAACAAAAUAAAAUCUGUAUGCGAACCGAAGCGGUCGUUGUUUUAUAAAAAAUUAGUUAAAUCUUCAAAUAAUUUUGAAGUUUUUAAACUUAAAAAAUAUUCCGACAUAAUGGAGGAUAAUGGUAUGAUAAAUUUAUUCAAUGCUUUAAAAUCAUUCGAGAACAAACAUAAUUAUAAAUUAAAAUUUGUAAAAUCUAAAUUGGGGGAUGCUUUAAAACGAUAUAGCGCCAAUCGUGACAUAUGUUGGGACGUGGUGCAUUUAGAGUCCAACUCCAACAAAGACCUGUUGAAAUAUAAAUUGUGCUAUGGUGCCAUUCCAAUCACAUAUGUUGUAGAGCUAGAAACUCUAGUUUGCCGAAUUUUACUCGGCAAAUUAAAUAAUGAUGGCAAAAAAUCGAACGAUGAAAAAUAUCAAUUGCAGAAUAAGGAUUAUGAUUUGCUUGAAGGUGAACUAGAGCUGCUUAUUUUCAAUUAUUGGCAAAUUUCCACUCGUGAUAUGUUAGGAUACAAGGAGCAUUUAAGUCGCAAAAAAGAAAAAAUGGUGUUUUAUUAUAUGUUCAAAAAAUUGGAAUCAAAUAUUAUUCGCUUUGAUUUUGGUUUAAAUAAAGAGCAAGAACAAAUGUUCAUGGACAUUUUAAAACUGUACAAAUUGUAUGCGGCAUUUGAAAAACCAACCAUAUUGACUGCCGCAGGUUUGGCAUUUGUCAAAAAUUCAGCAUGUCAUUUAACUUCAUUUUUAGGAAAAGAGUAUGACUUAUGGUCAGUAUUUUUUCAUAAGUUCAAUUUGCACAGCACAGCUUUUGAAUUUACUAUAAAAACUUUGUUAAAGGAUCGAGAUAACAUUUUUCAAUAUCUAUUGACGAGGGUAUUGGAAAUUGAUCAAUUCAAUAAGUCUGGAUCUGCUAAAAGCUUGUGGUAUCAUGGUAUAACACAGAAGAUGACCCCUGAAAAAUUAGAGGAUACCAUAAUAUCCAAAAUUGAUGUCGUAUGCUGUCUAAGUUAUUAUUUCCCAAAAACAAAAAAUGUACCUCGAGCUAUGUGUGUUAAAUUGGACAAUUAUUAUGUUCUUUACAUUGACCUAUUUGUUUCAUUUAUUAUCAACAACAGCUUGUAUAAAUAUCAUAGAAAAUUAACAGUUGAAAAUUGUAACCAUUUUUUCAUAUUAAACGACCGAAGACACCAUGAGUAUUAUUCAGAAAAUUUCAUUCCAGCAUUUGAAACGAAACGAAUGGUAAGUUCGAUGAAAAUCAUGCUGAACAAACAACUCAACGCCCGCCUGGACGGUGGCCUUAAAUGGAACAUGCAGUUAGACACGGAAGUCCUUGUCCUUUUUUUUUUUUUAGUCCAUAAACACCUCAACUAUGCGUUGACGCCCGCGAUGCUGCGUGAAGGCCCUGUUCUGACAGAUGUGGAGUGGGCUAGUAUUUUUAUAAGGGACUUAGAUAAAAUGGAAAUGUUUUAUCUAAACAAAACCCGAUGGAUUGACAAACCGUGCAUGUUGGGCGGUGCCCCAGAUGAUUUAGAUUAUGAUCCAGAAACCGAAGAUUUGGACCCAUUAGAAAAUGUGUGCAGUUCUGAAUUUACUUACCGUCGUGGAACUGAGAACGAUGAUGGUUAUGCAUACAGUGUGAAAUUUGGACCAUCGUCAGACGAAGAAACUGAUUUUAAUUCAGACGAAAGCGAGGAAGAAGGAUUGGAUGAAUUAAUUAAUAAGAUAUUAAUUGAAAAAAAGAAUGAACGUCUAAUGGCAGAAUGCCGAUAUCUGAUUAAAGGGCAAGAACAUAAACUAUUUAAACGAAAAUUACCCCAAAAAAUACAAGACCGUGUAAAUAAAGUUGGUUAUUUUAAUAAAGUAACACAGAAAAAACAAAAAAAAACUGCCACGGAGGGAGAAAAAGUUGAAGAAGUCCAACCGAAAAAAUCAGAAAAAUCAGUACUUUGUGUAAAUAAAAGAACAUUUACAAAAAAGUUACAAAAUAUUUAUUAAAAUUUUAGAAAUGUUAACUAUUUGAUAUUUAGUUUAUUACUGGGAAAGAUUUUCCAAAUUUUGUUUAAUUGUAAUAUGUAAAGAUAUACAUGUUAAGAUUCUGAACAAUGAUAAAUCUGAUUACCUUGUCAUAACUCAAUACUUGUUAAUUUAUUGAUUUUUCUACUUAAUUAUACACUAUUUUUAUUCCAGUUUA